AUGUGCCGCUAUCCUUCGGCAUUUAUACAUCAGGCCACUGGCUUGACAGGCUUAAGCAAAGCAUUCUCUAGAAAGAAGCGCAAUGGCGUCAAACCAUCCCAUCGUUCCCUGGCACAUUGCUCAGUUAUAAGGAAAGCCAUUCAACAAAUGGAGGCACUCGGAAUGUGUCAGAAACGUGAAAAUGGUGGGAGAUCUCUUACAUCAACUGGAAGGCGCGAUUUGGACCGCCUGGCAUAUCAAAUUCUUAAGGAGCGUCAUUAA